GCGGCUGCAGUUGUCCGUUGCAGCGGGACACCGGUGCAGCAGUGCGAGUGCAGCAGGACAGACUAUGGACAUCGCGAGGGUGCUGGUGCUGCUGUUGCUGGCGGGCGCUUCGCUGGCGCAGGGCCCCGUCAUCAUCGAGCCCGUCAUCGUGUCCGACCUGCCCGCCUCAUCGGGCUCGGCCUCCGCGGACCUGCACUUUGACCCGGCCCUGGACCACGCCGCAUCCCGCCCCGAGUACGCGUUUGCUUACGGCGUCAAGGACCCGCAGUCCGGCAAUGCGCAGAGCCACAAGGAGCAGCGCGACGGCGACAACGUGCGCGGCGAGUACAAGGUUCUGGAGGCCGACGGGUCCGUGAGGACCGUCACCUACACGGUCGAUCCCAAAAACGGCUUCCAGGCCAAUGUUCACCAGUCGGACCCGAGCCUAUCGGCGGCCUUCAAGUCCGAGGCCAAGCAGUCAAGCAAGCUGUCCGUGCCGGACGCCUCCUCGGUGGACAUUCCGGUGGGGUCCGAACCCUCCGAGUACUUUUCCGGCUCCAGCUACCACACGGACUUUGAUCCUUAACCGCUCAACUCUCGCAUCGCACAGCCCAGAACCAGAGCGGCCGCGAAGUUUCAUGUUAUUCUAGUCAUUAGACGUGUUAUGCAUAUUUAAAACCAUGUUAACUAGUUCGUAAGGCGCAAUGGAUUGUUUGUUUGUUAUUACUGUUGUUGUUCAAAUAUUUGUUUUUGUUGCAAAAUAUAUUAAAAAUGUACUGAUU